AUGCCUCCUCCUCCUCCACCUCCGCCGCCGCCGCCGCCUGGAGGACUAGGUGGCCCUCCCCCACCACCUCCUGCAGCUUUACCGACCAGGCCUUCGAAAGGUGAAGUCAAAGACAGGGGCGCUCUACUCUCUGAUAUUCACAAAGGCACUCGAUUGAAGAAAGCCACCACCAAUGAUCGAUCAGCGCCUAUUAUUUCAAAGUCUGGAGGCAGCUCAGCUGCACCGCCCAUGGGAGCUGCACCUCCAGUUCCAGGCAUAAGACCACCUCCCACAGGACUUGCACCCCCAGUCCCGUCUGGACCCGCCGCCAACAGAUUACGAAGCAACAGUGAAGGGGUAUCUGGCUCGGAUGCAGCGGCCAGUGCUGCAGCACCACAAUUAGGUGGUCUCUUUGCGGGUGGAAUGCCCAAGCUGCGUAGUCGCGGCGGUGUCAACACGGGCGCCAACCGAACAGACUCUCCAUAUCUAUCUGACUCUGAAGCGUCUCGCCCGGCGCCUUCUGCAGUACCUCCAAAACCUCCAGGCGCCCCUAGGCUACCUGGAGCACGACCCCCGCCACCUCCGUCUUCAGAGUCAGCGCCUGCACCACCUAUAAACCCGUUAGUCGCAAGCUUGAAGAAGGCCCCCCCACGACCCGGCUCCAGGCCAUCAUCCACUAUCUCUUCGGCAACUGCUCCCGAGAGCCCUCCUCCGCGUGCUCCUCCGCCACCUCCUGCGGUAAGCAGGGCACCACCACCUCCGGUGUCUCGAAAGCCAUCUGCACCCCCCCCCCCUCCUCCUACAGCUAGUCCAGCGGUGCCACCCCCUCCCCCUCCAUCUGCGCCCCCUCCAACAACAACACGAGCUCCGCCUCCCCCUCCACCUGGAGCCCCGCCAUCACUCGCCGCGCAGGCUGCCCGCAGUGCUCUUGGACAUCCGCCAUCGGCACCACCAGCUGCAGCACCAGCAGCUCCUCCUCCACCUCCACCAGUCUCUCCUCCAAGCGCUCCUCCUCCGCCCCCCAGUGAGCCAUCGCCAUCACCAUUCCGUCCAUCGCCUGUUGCUUCCCCGGCGCCAAUGAAUCCCAGUGCUUAUACUCUCACUAAUGGCGGUUCAUCCCAUGCGCCAGCCCCGACCCAAUCCACCAAUGGCCACAUCAACAUCGUGGAUCCCCGCUUCAAGUUCCCAGGUGAUGCGAUGCUUCCGGCUCCUCGAAAAUUCACCAAGACCCUUCCUGUCAAAUAUCGUGCCGGGAAAAUCAGCAGCGUUCCGUACCAUCUUAAGUGA